CUUCCUUAAAUCUUGUUCUGAAUCUCGAUGCUGAUAGCUGCUGAAACGUUUAACAUCCGUUCGUAUAAUGACUAAUGCGUUAAUUGUUUAGUAGCAAUCUUUUAUCUCUAUAAUUUGUGGAGGAGUUACUAUGUAUAAUUUUUGUUCUAGUUAAAAUGAGGAAUGUGGGAAUUCAAGCACAGCUGUUUCAGGGCUGAUAGGGAAGAUCUGUUGUGCUAUGUCAAAAGGAGUAGCCAAAAAGUGUUUAAAAAAUUUGCUACUGACUACGAAAAACGUCGUUCCAAAAGAAGAAGUAAGCGAUCUAUUAACUAUGCAGCAAUAGAAAACCAGGAUGAUUCAGAAGACAUUGAAAAGGAACCUGGAAUGAAACUGAAAAAGGGAACCAGACAAUCUAAACGUGUAAAAGAAGAAGACAAUGUCACCUUUGAGCCUAGAAAGGCCCUUUCACCCAUUCAUAGCAACUCCUAUGUUCUAGGCUCUUCAUUUCGCAACAAUACCUAUCAAGAGUUAGGCCUCAGAAAAGAUAUGAUUACAAUAUCACACGAUAACAUACGCUCUUCUAGAUGCCUCAAGAAUUCUAUUGCAAAUCCGAAGAGAAUCCCACUUCCAAAUCAACCAGAGGAGAUACCUAUACCAAGAAAGCGAGGAAGACCGAAACGACAAAGUGGGAAUCAAAACCCUUCUACCUCACAAGCCUUCAAUUCUUAUCAAGGAUUUGAAGACAAAUCGGACAUUAAAAUCAAUCUAACUGAUCUACCAUCACCAGCAAGAGCAACAGGACAAUAUGUUAAUGGAAGCAGCAGACAAAAUGGAACUCAGCAGCCAGGGCCAACAAGCAGUCAAAAAUAUUGGAAUCAGAUUUUAGUGAAAGAUGACAAAUUUCUAAAUGUUACGGAAACCGACAAAGUUAUAAAUGACAUUAAAUUGAAUGAAAUGAAUUUGGACAUAGCAGCAUCUCUCUCAUACGCGCAAGAUAAUGAUGGUAAGAUAUUCAUCAGUAGUCCUAGUGAUAAAGUUUUUUUAAAGUUAGAUGGCUCUGAGGAUCUGUUUGAAAUUAAAAUAAAUGGUGGCAGGAUAUACGUUCCUAUAUAUCAGAAAAAUGGCAUGGUUAACAGUUCUAUUCCGAAUGAAAACGAAUUUCCUUUUGGCCAACCUCAAAUUUUGAAUAACAUGAUGAGUAAUUUCCAUAAUUACAGCAAAGCACCAGCAAUCAGCAAGCCUUCUACUGGUACAUCCUACAGCAACCUUAAUUCCAUCCCUGAUUCCGUUAAUGCUGAAAAUAAUCAAGCAGCUCUGAAUGACUACCCAGUCAUCGCUGUUUCUCCUUAUGCAAGUAAUUUUAGGAUGCCGAGUUCGAGUUAUCAUCAUCAGUCCAUUGAACCGAUUUCAAAUUUGAACCAAAUGGCUUCGUAUCCAAUUUCAAGAUGUUCCAGUACAACUUCUGUAAACCAAUUUAAAUCUAACAAUUUUGAUGGUAGUUCUUUUGUGAGGGACAUAGAAUCGCCUUAUUCAAGCAAUCCAUACACGUAUGAGCAGUCCCAGCAGGCUAUGAUUCGAAAUCUUUCUGCAACACCCAUUAAGCUGGAGCCGUUUGACGAAAAUCCGAACCCUUUCGAAGCAUUGAUGGGCAUAAAUUGCAACAAAACUUCUCCUGAUAUACUCCACGUGACGGAAGGAGAUAGAUUUGGAAAAUUAUACCCUGAAACUUGCACCAGUACUCCCGAGAAUCAUCACAGUAACAGCUGGAUAAACAGUUCUCCUAUAUAUGGAUAUUCUGAUCGACAAACUUUGAAUAAUUACGUGCUUGGGAAGAAUACAAAUUCCUAUAAUAUAGCAUCAACUUCAAAAAGUCAACCGUUUCGGAUGCAGAACACACCCAGAACAUCGGUUCAAAGUUUUGCUCGUACAAACUGCAAUGAACAGUUAACCAAUACUUAUACAGACAUCCAAAAUUCUUCUAACGGGGCAAAUAAUAACAGAAAUCAAUUUGAAAGGAUUUGUGGAAACAGUUCGAAUUUCUAUAACAUAAACUCAAGCUGCCAGCCUGUUGUUUCAGAACCAUCCCCUAAGUCUCUUUUGUAUCCUGAUCAUCAACGCCAUAAAUCAGAGAGCCCCAAUGAAACUCGGGUUCUUUUUGACGAUCAGACUUUUGAUUUGUGUGAAGAAGUGUGUUUUCUUGAAGAGAAAUAUGCAACAGGAAAUGUAGAAUCGACAUAUGAAGGAUUAUCUGUUAAAACUGCUGAUGAACAGCUGAUUUCUGGAGAAGAACACAAAGAGACUGGAGGCUCAGCUGAAGCAUUAUCGUUUGCACUAAUAUCAAUGUCUAUUCAAGACCAUUUGAUAGCAUCAGCAUCUAAUUCCACUUUCAAAUUGCAAUCUGAAACAUCUGAAGAACAAUCCAAUCUGCCUGAAAAGAAAUUCAGUCUUCCUAGCGAACAAUCGAGUUUGCUUGAAGAACAAUCUUGCUUGCCUGACGAACAAUCCAAUACGUCUAACGAAAAAUUGAGUGCGUCGGAAGAGAAUUCCAUUUUGCCCAAGGAGAAACUCGCACUCGAAGAUAAACCAAAUCGAAUCAAAAAUGGAGACACGUGCAUUGGACAAACAGUUUUGAUGACCAAGUGCCCUGAAAAUGCUCCUGUGGAUGAAACUGACUUUAAAAAAUGUUCAGUGGACUCGAAAGAUGAUGUAGCUGGUGAAAAAGUUUCAGCUGAUAUAAAUAGAGAUGAACAUCCAUCUGAUAACUUACAAGAAACCGUUGCUCAAACUGAAGGUGACUUUGCAAUGGGAUUAGUACAAGAUCGGAACAAUACCACAGAAUCAUCAACAUUUUUCAAUUGCAAAAUGCUAUCAGCAAAAGCUUUUCCACAAUUUCGUUCGUCUGAAAAGCGAGCUGGAAUUGUUAAAAUUGAGUCAGAUUUGGAGGAAAAGAAGGGCAUUCAACAAAUUUCUAUGAAGAACAAGAGCGAUGAAAUCGAAGUCGAUCAACUAACAUCUAUGAAGAACAAAAGUAUUGAUAACGAAGGCAAUCAACAAUUAUCUUUAAAGGAAAAAAACACAGAAAAUGAAUCUACACUUGAAAACGAUCCUCGUAAAGCUAUAGUAAAUUUUCUGCUUGAUCAAAUAAAACAAAAUGUAAAUUUUCAGUGGAAAAUUGUAAAUGGAAAAUUCAUAGUAGAUGGAUGCAAAUUUGAAGCAUGUGACGAUGUUGAAGCAUGGAUAAAAACAACUUAUAAAUAAGCAUAUAAAUGAUUUUCCAAAUUGUAAGCUAAAGACGUACUAUUUUUAUAUUGUAAUCGUUAAAUAUUUAAAAUAUUUAAUUGUAUUAUUUACUAGCUUUAUUAAUAACUGGUAAAAAAUAUCAAUUUCUUAUUACUUUAAAAAAAAAGCAACUUACGAAUAAAAAUGGAAAUACUUUGUACAACUUAAAACUUAGGAAUAUUUAGAAUAUAUAAUUGCAAUUUUUUACCAAUGAUAAUUACUUAUUUGUGAAAUAUUACAGUUCUUUUACAUUCAGAAUUAGAAACUGCUCAAAUUUGAGCUCUCUUAAAUAAGUACUCUUAUUGUAAUUUUUACUAAUAAGUACUCAUAAGUACUCUUAAUUUGCAUUAAGAGUACUUAUUUUACAUUAUAACGACAAUUCAUUUAGAAACAUUAUAACGACAUAAGCAUUAUUUACAUAA